UUGUUUCCACCCGGUAGAAAUAGUGGUCGCACCCUGCAGUGUGUGAAGCGGCUUCUUGUUGCCACGUCGGACUCUAGUAGUGGACCUGGUUCAUUCAUCUAGAGGAGAACAAGGAGUACUCUCACUGGGUAGUGUUGUGCUGUAGUCGCAGUCAUGGUUUCCGUCAUCAACACGGUGGACACCUCCCACGAGGACAUGAUCCACGAUGCCCAGAUGGACUACUACGGUACCCGACUCGCCACCUGCUCUUCUGAUCGCACCGUAAAGAUCUUCGAUGUCAGAAACGGAGGGCAGAUCCUGGUAGCAGACCUCAGAGGCCACGAGGGUCCCGUAUGGCAGGUGGCGUGGGCUCACCCGAUGUUCGGCAACAUUCUGGCUUCCUGUUCCUACGACCGUAAAGUCAUCAUCUGGAAGGAGGAGAACGGAUCCUGGGACAAGAUGUAUGAAUACUGCGGACACGAGUCAUCAGUGAACUCUGUCUGCUGGGGUCCCUAUGACUUUGGUCUGAUUCUGGCCUGCGGCAGCUCCGAUGGAGCCAUUUCCAUUCUCACAUUUACUGGCGAUCAGCAGUGGGACGUCAAGAAGAUCAGCAACGCACACACUAUCGGCUGUAACGCGGUGAGUUGGGCUCCUGCCGUCGUUCCCGGCAGCCUGAUCGAUCAGCCGUCGGGUCAGAAACCAAACUACGUCAAACGCUUCGUCUCCGGAGGCUGCGACAACCUGGUCAAACUCUGGAAAGAGGAGGACGGUCAGUGGAAGGAGGACCAGAAGCUGGAGGCUCACAGUGAUUGGGUGAGAGACGUCGGCUGGGCUCCUUCUAUUGGUCUUCCCACCAGCACCAUCGCCAGCUGCUCCCAGGACGGACGCGUGUUCAUCUGGACGUGUGACGACCCAGCAGGAAACACCUGGACGGCCAAACUGCUCCAUAAGUUUAAUGAUGUUGUUUGGCACGUCAGCUGGUCCAUCACUGGAAAUAUACUGGCUGUUUCUGGAGGAGACAACAAGGUGACACUGUGGAAGGAGUCGAUGGACGGUCAGUGGGCGUGUAUCAGUGACGUCAGCAAGGGCCAGGGCGCCGUCUCCACCAUCACAGACACACAGCAGAACGAGCAGUGACAUACACACACACACACACACACACACACACACAUAACAAUGACCCCUGACUGUAUGAGGAUGGCUUUCACAGAUGAAUUAAGCGUUAAUAGAACACGCCGAACAUUUGAGCCAUCAACCAUUGUCCACGCUGGUUGAGCUACUUCGGCUGCUUGAUAAUGUCAUCAUGACUUAUAGAGGAGUUCUGCUGUACAGUUUGUCUGGAUUAGAUGUUCCUAAAGUUUAUCAGAUCAGAAGGGAAAGAAACCUUCACAGUUGAAAGAUUAAGAAUCUCCACAAAUGCAAACAUGACUGAUAGUUACCUUAAGGGGAUAGUUCAGGUGUUUCUCAGUGUGGUUGUAUGAGGUACGUCUCCAUAGUCAGUGUAUCACUACAGUAGAAACAUACAGGAGCACGGGAGCAAAGCGAUGUACUGCUGUGGAAAGGGCCAG